AUGGAAAGAAUACAAGUAGACGACUUAGACGAUAUAUUAUGUAUUAAAAAUGGAAUAAAAGAUUUAGUGUCUUCUUAUGUACAGAAACAUCUUGAUGGUAACACCGAUAAUGAAUUAAAAUCUCGUGUUACUUCUGCUGUUAAAAAAUGGAUCGAUGAUACGUUUAAAAUGUGUUCCCCAAAUCUAGAAGUGAAUGGAAUGACUUAUGAUAAAGCGUUAGAAGAGAAAGAUGUUGAACCAUUUGAUGAAAACUUGUUAUCGGAUUUAAUAUCAUUAGAAUCAGAUAUUGAUGUUAUGACUUUAAGAGUGACAGAAAAUCGUCGUAAUUCACCUGAAAUUAUUAAAAAAAAAUUCGAAGAAAUUCUAUUAUUACAGUCUUUUAUGAAAAAUCAUGCUGCAAUUAUUGAUGAUGAUGAACUAUUUCCUGAUCGCGUUGUCCAAACAUAUGAUCGAAGCCUCUGUUUGUUAACAGAAUUGAAAAAGUCUACAACUGCCAAUUUAUCAAGAUUUGAAAGAGCUCAAACUGUUGUUACAGAUAUUAAUAAAUUUAAUUCAACCUCUUGA